GUGUGUGACGUAGCCUCCACCUCCAGCAUGAAAGAGCAAACUCUGCUCAGCCAGGCAGACGGUGCAGUCUGCGGGUCAGAUCCACCCGAUGACACCUGCCCGGCUCUGAAAACACACCUGCUCCCAGAGUGUGCAGAGGAAAGCUCGGGGAUGGAGAAGCUGCUGAAGAAAUGUCAGAUCAGAAACCAGCUGAUCAGGGAGUGCAUGGCCGAAUGUCUCGGCGUCUACGUCCUGAUUCUGUUUGGAUGUGGCUCUGUUGCCCAAGUGGUCACAACUGAAGACAAAAAGGGCCAGUACCUCUCAAUUAAUCUGGGUUUUGCUCUGGGAGUAACAUUUGGGGUCUUCGUGUCUCGUGGAGUAUCGGGUGCUCAUUUAAACCCCGCUGUGUCUCUGAGCUUGUGUGUUCUGGGCCGCCACUCAUGGGUGAAACUGCCUUUCUACAUCUUCUUCCAAGUGUUGGGAGCCUUUCUGGCUGCGGCUACAGUUGCUCUGCAGUACUACGACGCCAUCCAGGCGUACAGCGGAGGCGAUCUGACGGUGACGGGUCCCACAGCCACAGCAGGCAUAUUCUCCACUUACCCCGCUGACUACCUGAGUGUGUGGGGAGGUAUCGUGGACCAGGUGAUCGGCACGGCCGCUCUGCUGCUGUGCGUCCUGGCUCUCGGGGACCACAGGAACAGCUCCAUCCCUCAUUAUCUUCAGCCUGUCUUAGUGGGAGCAGCAGUGCUGGUCAUUGGCAUCUCAAUGGGCUCAAACAGCGGAUAUGCACUCAACCCGGCAAGAGAUUUUGGACCUCGGUUGUUCACCUACAUUGCCGGUUGGGGGGCGGAUGUUUUCAAGGCCGGAAGUAGCUGGUGGUGGGUGCCCAUAGUGGCCCCUUGUGUUGGGGCGCUUCUGGGAACACUGAUCUACGAGCUGAUGGUUGAAGUCCACCAUCCUUCAGAGCAGUCCCAAUCCCAGGCCUCGUGUCCGGAGGAUAGAAGUGACAAGGUGGGGGUUGAGCUGGAGGGGGUGGAAGCGGACCGUGAAAAGCCAACUUAAUGAUUAAAUCGUGUAAAAGAGAAACAACACUGUCUGUGUGUGGUAAAUGCUUUUUAGGCUGUGAUAGUAACUGAAAUUAUCUAUGUAGAGAUAAAUGAUUGAUCCAAACAGGCAGCUUCGGAUUGCCUCCAACUUAUUUUGAGGCAUAAUUGCACCAACACCUACAAGUAAACUUUAGUUUCCUGGUUAUAGUUUCUUCCA